CCCAAAACGCUUGGAUUCUAUCGGUGGUUAGCUGUGCGUUUGAAUCCACGGUAAACAAAUAUGGCGUCGCGCUAUUUUACCUGGACGGUGUCUCAGUUGAAAAAAGAAUUAGGAAGAAGAAAUGCAGUGACGAAUGGUAGAAAAAUUGACUUAGUUCAGAGACUUGAAUCAUAUGACCGGAAUCAAGAUUUCAAAUCACCUGCCGUCCAUCUCCCAGACCCAUUGGAAGUGACCUGGCCUGCAUCAGGAUUCCAACAACUGAUGCCCUCCCAUAGACAACAGCUUCCCAAAUUAACAAGAGAGCAAAUUGAAGCAUACUUUUUACAUCGUCUGGCUGGUGACAAUGAGUCUGCUAGGGACAUAAAAUCCAUAAAGAAUGGGGAACUACUGUAUGCUUCGCAGCGUGUCCUAGCAUGCUCUAUGCUGGUCAAGGAAGACAUUUUCUUUACUGGGAUUGUCAGUGCAGCAAUGAAAAAUAAGGUGACAUACAACUACAAACUUAGCAUUAAGGAAAAGACAGGAGAUGUUUUAUGUUCACACUGUGAAUGCCCAGCUGGAAAAGGCUCAAAUGGAACUUGUAAACACUUGGCUGCAGUAAUGGUGAUGCUGGAAAAAUUUACAGACACUGGGGAACUAGAAAUUGAAAGAACAUGUACUGAAAAUUUGAUGAUGUUCAACAGGCCAAAGCAUCUGCAUAAAGGUUAUCCUGUCAAAGCUGAAGAUCUCAAUAGUAAGAGAAAGUCCUCAGACUUUCUACAUGACCCACGUCCUGAGAAAUACAGAAAAAUGCAAGGCUAUCAAGAUAGGGUGCGGAAUUUGUUGAUCAACUAUACAGCACAGACAUCAGCAAACAUUGCAUUCCGGUAUCUUUAAAAAAGAGCUGAUUUGAAGUCUGCAGUAUCUGAUCACAGCUACCUAUCUCUACCAUUCACAGAAUUCUGGGUUGAUGAAGCAUUGAAGGUAAGGUUUAUUUAUAUCUGUGUUAAAUUUGCAAAAUACUUUAACUGUAAAUUAUUGCAAAUUGAAAUUCAUAAACACUUUUAGUAUAAUUACAUACUUAAGAUAAUUUCACUUUUCUUUAGUUGAUCAUAAAGUAACACCUUUUCUAAGUCUUUGCUUUAUAAUAUAUCACCUUUCAAUGGUGCAACAGUUAUGAAUGUUCCAUCUAAGAUUAAGGCAGAUAAAACAUUUCUAAAUAUUCAAACUUUUUAAAAUUCAAAUAUUCCACUGUUGAAAUAAUAUUCACCAAUUAAAAUACAAACAACAGUUUGUAGACUAGUUAAUAAUCAAAAUUAUUUUUUAUCUGAUAGGUGAAUGAUGAUGACAUAAAAAAAAUUGAAGAUUGCACAAAAGGACAGUCAUCCAACAAAAAAUGGUUUGGGGAAAGGUCAUGGAGACUGACAGCUUCAAACUUUGGCCAAAUAUGUCA